GAGCUGGAAGUGUCAGGGUUAUCCAAAGCGGCUCUGGUUUUUUAUUCUGCUUCUUUGCAUUCAGUGUUCUGUCCCUGCCCUGAGGUGUGUGAUGAAGAUCUGUCAGUAGGGAUGUGAUUCUCAUCCCACCCUGUGCCCUUUAUUUGCUCAUACCUAAGGGACUGUUUCUCUCCUUCUCUUAACCCUCUCUAUUACCAGCCCUUCAUUUUCCUUGACACUCUCAUUCUCUUGCUCGACUCUCCUUCCAACAAGCAUUUAUCUCUGUGUCUUUGCUUUGUGAUGCAGUUUCUAGCACUUUCUUGACCUUUUUCCAGGUUCUUGUUGAGAAUGCCUGUGAUGUCCCUGUGGUCGGCUAGCUGCAUUGGCUGUGGCUGGCCCUGCUCGUGGGGACAUAAAACCCUGCUUGGGUGGCACUCACACGUGCACAGUAUAAUCCUUUGAACAGCUGGACGUUAGUCUUGGCUUUCCAAAGCUAAAGUGUUUGAACACUUUUCUGCAUCUCCAAAGGAUUAUGCAGGGGAGUACUUGAAGGCUGGAAGUGCCCUGGUUUUUCAGGUGUGUUUGAAGCUGUGAUGAUGUGUCACCCAUCAGAAACAGAGGCUCAAAGGGAAGGGAGCUGGGACUCUAAAAUCCCUUUGUUGCGUGCACUGUGACAGUGAAUUUAAUAAUUCCAGUUGAGGACAGAAGGUCUAAUUCCCCCCAAGCACACAGUGGGGGGUGUGGCAGGCAGCUUGCAUCAGUAGGGAAGUCUAAACUGCCAAGAGCAGAGCAGGUGUCACAGGGAAUGGCCAAGUGUGAACCUCAUGUAUAGGACACGGACACUCUAUACCAGCUGUAUAGCUGGGAGUGUCUGGUGUGGUUAGCUGAUCAGCACCACUGCCUAAGUGGAAACAGAAAAUGGCAUUGGAACUAAUGCUCCUUGCUUUGGAUGUGUUUGCUCUUUUUGCUGUGGAUUGCACAGAGGCUGCAGGGUGAGGUCACGCUGUGCUGCACGCCAAGGGGCCCAUGCAGAUGAGCAGAACUACAGUGUAUUGACUGGGAGCAGCUUCCGACAAAGUUCUUGCCUUCGUGGAUGCUGGGAGAGGGCCUUUUCUCUUCUAGCUGAUUGAUGCUGGCCCGCAUCAAGCAAGUGUAGCACAUCAUGUUUCCCUGGAAGUAAGCACUGUUUUCUUGAAAUAGCAUGACCAAAAUCAAGUCAGAAUGCAUCCGUGGCAAGCUGAGCCUGGGUAUGGGCUCUGAGACUCUUUGAGUCUGAGGGACUGAUGCAAGUCCUCAGGAUAGGACUUUGUAGUAAUUCUGCAGGUAGAGGCACAAAGCAAAAUGGGCAUUUGGGGACUUGUUUCACUAUUAUUUAAAAUAUCUUGGUUUUUCACACUUAGAACACAGAAGCUUUCCUUAGAAAAUAAAGGGAGGAAUCCAGCAUUAUGAACUAUAAACUACAGAAUGAGUUUCUUUUUUCUCCUCUUGACUUUGGAUAUUUGCUCAGCUUUGGAUAUUUGGAGUUUUCAGAGUUUCUCUUUCCAAACUAGUUUUUUUUCCCCUUCUAGGCUGAAGUUUGAGCUGAUGUGUCUCUUCUCCCUCCCAGUCUAAUUAACUCUGGUUAACUUAUGCUUCUGCCUGCUCUUAGCUCCAGCUUUUCCCACAGUAGAGAAAUGGUCUCGGUUACUGACUCUUGUCCUCUUGGAAGCGCUCUGGGCAUGUCUCAGUGUGUGACACCUGGGCACACAAGCCAUGAGGUAAACUAAGCCCUGGGACUCUUUUCUGUGAAGGAAAUGAGCACAGCACCAAGCCAGGGUAGGCGACUGGGUCUCCAUGAAGUGUGAGCACGUUAACUUUCUCGGGUGGUAAAGUGACGCAUUAAUCUGUGCUGAGGCUUAUCGAGUGUGGCUUAUCAGCACAGUUCAUGUCAUGCACGUAAACAGCAGGACCUCCGCCUCUCCAGUCCUGGUCUUGUUCUCUCUCCAGCUCCAACUGUAGCAGCUGUUCCCUGGAACCCGUGUCUUUGUGCCAUCUUUGUUGUCUCCCGGGUGCCGGGCCUGGGACAGAGGGGCCCAGAGCUGCCAUGACGACAGGCGACUGCUGCCACCUCCCCGGCUCCCUCUGCGACUGCCCGGGAAGUGCUGCCCUCUCCAAGUCGGUGGAGGAGUCGGACAUCGGCCGCCCGCAGUACAUCACACAGGUCACGGCCAAGGACGGGCGGCUCCUCUCCACGGUGAUCAAGGCGCUGGGCGCCCAGAGUGAUGGUCCCAUCUGUCGAAUCUGUCAUGAAGGUGGAAAUGGGGAGGGACUGCUUUCCCCAUGUGACUGCACAGGAACACUGGGCACCGUGCACAAGAGCUGCCUGGAAAAAUGGUUAUCCUCCUCCAACACAAGUUACUGUGAGCUCUGCCACACAGAAUUUGUUGUAGAAAGAAGACCAAGACCCUUGACAGAGUGGCUGAAGGACCCCGGGCCCCGCAAUGAGAAGAGGACGCUGUUCUGUGACAUGGUGUGUUUCCUGUUCAUCACUCCCCUGGCGGCCAUCUCGGGCUGGCUGUGUCUGCGCGGGGCCCAGGACCACUUGCAGUUCAACAGCCGGCUGGAGGCCAUCGGACUCAUAGCACUCACUAUAGCACUUUUCACCAUCUACGUCCUCUGGACUCUGGUCUCGUUCCGCUACCACUGCCAGCUGUACUCGGAGUGGCGAAGGACCAACCAGAAAGUCCGCCUGAUGAUCCCAGCCUCGCGGAGCCCUCACCCCGUGCCCCACUCCCUCCUCUCUGCCAAGCUCAUGAAGAAGGCCGCGGAUGAGACCACGGUCUGAGCCGUCCCGCGGCCGGCCAGGGUGGAGGGUCGGGCAUCCCCACAGGCCCAGGGACCAUGGCAGCUGUGGGGAUGCUGGAAAACAAUCAUCCCACCCAAAGGGUGCGCUCAGCACGUGCUCCAGACCUUGGCAAAGAGACGCAUAAUCAACAUCUGUGGGUGAAAUGGCCCAGAAGAGCCUGAUGGCAGAAAAUGCCUGUCUGCAGGGACACUUUCCUAUAACGAAAUACCAUACAUGGAAAACAUCUCCCUCUCUCUCUCUCUCUAUAUAUAUAUAUAUCUAUAUAUAAUAUUAUUUUUUAAUGGCCAUGCAUAUUGUGUUUCAAUCCUUUUGUGUUGAUGUUCUAAGCUUCAGGAUAGAAGCUGGCAACCUGAUCUCAUUCAGAGGUUAAAUCAAUGCCUUUUCUCCAAAUGAGCGUAUGAGGAACACUUUUCAUCAACCAUUCUUGAAAGUCCCCUUCUCCUUUGCACUAAAUUGGUUUUGAUAUACUACAGCAGCCUUCCCGUUACUCUUUGGUCUCUUUUGUGGUGUUCUGUCCUUUCUAGAAAGUUGAGUGUUUUUAAUAAUUCUUACAAUCCCAGAAGGAGUAAAAUGACAUAAUACUGAA